AUGGGCUGGAUUAGUAAUGUACUUUCAGAUUGGAUUAAACCGAAAGAGUCACUAGAUCUUACUCAUAAAGUCUUUAGUAAUGGUCUUGGUUUGAUUAGUCAAGUUAUGAAAAAUAAGCUUGGUAGUGGUGAAAUUGGCCUGUUUUUCGGGACUGGGUCAACGGCUGAGCAGUUACAGAAGAUGCCAAGUGGAACUGCCCAUCUUUUAGAACAUGUUUUAGUCGCGGGUAUAGAUCCACAAGACUUACGAGAUUUUCAAAUUGGUGGAGUUACAACCAAAAACUAUAUUGGUAUUAUUGGCCGGGCCCAGAAACAGAACCAAGCCAAGUUAGCCACUGUUCUUCUGGAGUGCUUAAACCCGGCUAGAAUCACAGAACAGUCUAUUGGUAAAGAGAAAGUGCGAGUGGAACAAGAGGUGCUAAACACUGAGUCGGAUUUAAGCACGUACUUUGAACACUUGCUAGGUCUUGUCUAUAAAGAUACUUCGCUGGCAACUCCUAUUCUCGGUACAGCUGCAGAUAGACAAGCUAUCAAUCGAACUCAUCUUCUGUCCUUUUUGAAUUCAAUUACGUCACCAACUAAUGUGUUCCUGGUUGCUCGAGGUGAUGUACAGCCGCAAGCUCUUAUGCAGCUCAUUCAAAGACUUCCCAAGCCGAAACCUCUUUCUACUCCAGUUAUAUCCAGCAAAACACUCACUAAUUCAUCUACACCUACUUCUCAGUCGGCUGACCUUUCUUUUUCAUCCACCUCUGUAUCUAUCCCUUCAGCCCAACUAUCUUCGGGUUGUUUAGUUGGAUUUCGGGCCCCGGCAUGCACGACCUCACAAUCUUACUAUACUUUCCUUCUGAUCAAGAGCAUCCUCAUGCAAUACUUGCAAGCUCGGCAACAAACUGCGCAAGUUGUGUUCAUGAACUUUAAAGAAGGCGCCUUUCUCGGCUGCUUUGUCUCUCCCGCUUUGAAGAUACCUCUUACAAAAGCUGCAAUCAAAGAGAUUGUCUUGUCACAGUAUCAGUCGCAUAUCAAAGACUUAAUUACCCAAAUACCAGAUAAUGGCCUUCUUCUUGAUCUGCCCACUCUUUUUUGGACUAUCGCUAGCAAUCGCGUGCCACCAACUGCCCAAUCACUAGUAAAAGCACUCCAAAACAUAACAGCCAAAGACCUUAUCACUGCCAUCAACACUCUAUCCGAUCCAACUACUUUAGUCUAA